UAUCGCGCGCGCUCGCUCACUCAGAGACUCGCGCUGAGGAGAGUCAGUCAGUCUCAUUCCAGCAUCAGUCGCGCAUCAUGGAUCUGCGGGGCUCACACACUAUUGGAAUGAUUUUACCGCUCUAUCUUAUCUUUUACUUCAUCACAGGCUCCAUUAGUAAAGAGAGCUGUGAUUCUCCGCUGGUGUCCGGUCUGCCUCAGUCGGCCUUCACGAGUUCAUCGGAGCUGUCGAGCAGUCACGGGCCGGGCUACGCCAAACUCAACCGCAGAGAUGGUGCCGGAGGCUGGUCUCCGCUGGACUCUAAUAAGUAUCAGUGGCUGGAAAUCAAGCUGGAGCAGCGGACGGAGAUUACAGCUAUCGCCACCCAGGGCCGAUACGGGAGCUCUGAUUGGGUCACACGCUACCUCCUCAUGUUCAGUGACACAGGCCAUAAUUGGAGACCAUACCGACAGGAAGAUAGUAUCGGGGCUUUUUCUGGGAACUCCAACGCCGACAGUGUGGUGAUGUACAAACUACAGCAUCCAGUGAUCGCUCAGUAUCUCAGAAUACUGCCGCUGGACUGGAACCCCAACGGGAGGGUGGGAUUGAGGCUGGAAGCGUACGGAUGCCAAUACAGGUCUGAUGUGGCCGGAUUUGAUGGCAGCGGUCACUUGCUCUACAGGCCGGAUCCCAGCGCCAAUCCAGCGGACAAAGACGUGUUAUCCAUGAACUUCAAAACCCUGCAGAACUCUGGGAUGCUGGUUCAUAUGGAAGACCACAGCGGACACACACUCACUUUGGAAUUAUUCAAAGGGAAACUCUUACUUCAGUUUAGAAAAGGCAGGGGUUCGUCGGGGGACUUUCACCCUCUCGUAUCUCUAGGCAGUCUGCUGGACGACCAGCACUGGCACCACGUCAGCAUCGAGCGGGUUCGAGGACUAGUUAACUUCACCGUGGACAAAAACACCCAGCAGUUACAGCUUCUUGAGUACUUGAGUCACUCUGAGAUUAACGAGAUCAGUUUUGGUGGUACGUCAUUGGCUGGACUCCAGAAAUCCCAUUCUAGGAGAAACUUCCAUGGCUGCUUGGAAAAUGUGCUUUACAAUGAUAUCAGCGUGAUUGAUCGAGCCAAAGAGAAGCAAGUGGCCAUUGCAGGGAAUGUCACCUUUACAUGCACCGAAUCCAUUGAUGUGCCAGUGACGUUUGCCAGUCCUGGAAGUUUCCUCAGUUUGCCAUGGGUCUCCAUUGGAGAAAGCAUGUCGGUCAGUCUGCAGUUCAGAACGUGGAACAAAGCGGGCCUUCUGAUGACCUUUGACCUGCAGCAUAAUGCAGGAACGCUGUGGCUUUAUCUGAGCGAGGCGAGAGCACGACUACAGAUCCACAAGACUGGACGGAUCAUGACGGACAUCACAGCAGGUGCUAAUUUAAAUGAUGGUCAGUGGCACUCGGUGGAGCUAGUUGUCCGUCGAGGGCGUCUCGCAGUCACCGUAGACAAAACCGACAGCUCUACAGCGUCCACUUCCUUCCCUGUCGCGCCUGACAGCCAGCUAUUCUUAGGCGGAUGCCCAAACACGGAAGACGGCUCUGUGUGCAGAAACCCGUUAAAUGUUUUCCAAGGAUGCAUGCGCCUCAUCCAAACGGACAGUGGUUUAGUGGAUCUUAUCAAAGUGCAGCAGAUGUUGUUUGGAAAUUUUAGCAAUCUACAGAUGGACAUGUGUGGGAUAGUUGACAGAUGCUCCCCGAGUCAUUGUGAACAUGGAGGGAAAUGCUCGCAGUCAUGGAGCACGUUUCACUGCAACUGUUCUGCCACAGGCUACAGCGGAGCGACCUGCCACAGCUCCGUUUAUGAAGCGUCGUGUGAGGCGUACAAACACAAAGGAAACACGUCUGGCUUUUACUACAUAGACGUGGAUGGAAGCGGCCCCAUCAAACCUCAACUAAUCUACUGCAACAUGUCAGAUAAAGCAUGGAUGGUGAUACAACACAAUAACACGGAGCUCACCAAAUUAAAAACGUCCUCGGGGAUAAAUCAGCAUUUAGCCCACUUUAACUAUUCCGCCGACGCGGAGCAGAUCCAGGCGAUAAUUACCCAGGCGGAGUACUGCGAGCAGGAACUCUCCUACCACUGCAAAAAGUCACGGCUCUUGAACACACCAGAUGGCACCCCCUUCACCUGGUGGCUGGGCAGGGCAGGUGAAGCACACAUGUACUGGGGCGGAGCGGUGCCGGGCAGCCAGCAGUGUGCCUGUGGGCUUCAGGAUAACUGUGUGCAUCCUGAACACUUCUGUAACUGUGAUGCCGACAGCAAAGAGUGGUCUAAUGACUCCGGCAUGCUGUCCCAUAAAGAGCAUUUGCCAGUCGCAGCGCUGGCUGUGGGUGACAUCAGCAGAUCGGGUUCAGAAGCGGCCUACAGAGUUGGUCCCCUGCAGUGUUACGGAGACAGUAACUUCUGGAACGCUGCCUACUUCAACAAGGAGACGUCAUACCUGCACUUUCCCACGUUCCACGGGGAGCUGAGUGCCGAUAUCUCCUUCCUGUUUAAAACCAGCUCUUCAUCAGGAGUGUUCCUGGAAAACCUGGGGAUCAAAGACUUCAUUCGGAUCGAACUGAGCUCGCCAAAUCAAGUCGUCUUCUCGUUCGACGUGGGAAACGGUCCCUUCGAGGUGAAGGUUGAGACGCCUGCCGCUCUGAACGACAACCGCUGGCAUCACGUGAGAGCCGAGCGCAACGUGAAAGAGGCCUCGCUGCAUGUGGACCACCAUCCCGCUGCCGUUCAGAAAGCUCCCGCUGAUGGCCACAUUCAUCUGCAGCUCAACAGCCAAUUAUUUGUAGGAGGAACUGCUUCCAGGCAGAAAGGAUUUCUAGGCUGCAUUCGUUCGCUGAAGCUCAACGGGAAAACUCUGGAUUUGGAGGAGAGGGCAGAGAUCACGCCCGGAGUGACUCCCGGCUGUCCCGGACACUGCAGCAGCUACGGCGGCCUGUGCCAGAAUCACGGCACCUGUGUGGAGAAUUACAACGGCUUCACCUGCGACUGCAGCCUCUCGCCGUUCACCGGAACCUUCUGUCAUAAAGAUGUUUCUGCCUUCUUCAAACCUGGAACAUCAGUCACGUACACGUUUAAAGAGCCGUACGAGCUGAACAGGAACAUCAGCUCGCUGUCCUCCUCCAUCUACUCCGACUUAACACUGAGAGGAGAGAAUAUCUCACUAAGCUUCAGGACGAGCCAAGCGCCGGCGCUGCUGCUUUACGUCAACUCGUACUACAGAGAAUACCUCGCCGUCCUGCUCAACAGAAACGGACAUUUGGACAUCAAGUACAAACUGCAGCACAACAGAGACGCGGAGGUUUUCCGAGCCAGCACGAGGAAUCUGGCCAACGGGCAGCUCCACAGAGUGAGCGUCCAGAGACUCGCCGAGACGCUCAGUAUUCAGGUCGAUCAGCAUGCAAAAGAAGAUUUCAAUCUAACAUCAGACACCGAAUUCAACGCCAUCAAAUCUAUUGUCAUCGGAAAAGUGCACGAAUCUGGUGAAGUGGAUCCAGAGAUCGGCCGUCUGAACGCUCUGGGCUUCACUGGCUGUCUGUCUGUGGUCCAAUUUAACUCCAUCUCUCCGCUGAAAGCGGCCCUGCUGUAUCCAGACACGAGUCCUGUCAUAGUCACCGGACCGCUGACCGAAUCCAGCUGUGGCUCGUCUUUACCGUCAAACCCCUACGCAGCUGAGACAACUCACUCUCUCACAGAUCAUGUGGGUACAGUAGGUGCGGGUGAGCCGAUAGUCAAUGCUAUCAACAGCGACUCGGCUUUGAUCGGAGGAACAAAAUCAUCACCCAAAUCGUCAUUUACUCGUUCCAAACCCCUUUGACUUUAUUGACUUUGUGGAAGACGAAGGGAGAAGUUUACCUGCUCUUUUCUGUUCAGUGAGACUGUUGAGCUCCAAAAAGGACAAAAAUGCAGCAUAAAAGUACAGUAGUGGGCAAAAGUGAUGUCCAGCUUAUAGGAAAAUUGACAUUUUCACCCUUUGUUAUUUAAAAUUAGUUUAAGAUUUUGUAAGCAUAUUGUGUAGUUGUGGUUGGAGUCGAUUGUUUUAUUUGUGAUAACGCAAUGAAAUUGUGCCGACAUAAUUUUAAUUUUUGGCCAGGCUGUCAUACAAAGAAAUGAUGAACACAUGCAAAAACCAACAAAAUAUUAAUAACUGAGUAUGUUAUAGUCAAUGUAAGCUUUUUGUUUUUCUAUGCAUUUUUUUCAUAGUGAAAUAAAACCCUUAUAAAGUCAGAAUUGUGAGUUAUAAAGUCAGAAUUGCAAGUUAUAAAUCCAGAAUUGCGAGAUAUAAAGUUGGAAUUGCGAGAUAUGAAGUCGGAAUUGCGAGAUAUAAAGUCAGAAUUGUGAGAUAUGAAGUCGGAAUUGUGAGAUAAAGUCGUAAUUGCGUGAUAUAAAGUCAGAAUUGCGAGAUAUAAAGUCUGAAUUGUGUGUUAAAAAGUCGCAAUUACCUUUUUUAUUUUUUAUUUCAUGGUGGAAACAAGCUUCCAUACUUUUGACCACUACUGUACACUGUAAAAGAAUCAAAGUUCAUCACAAGUAGCUUUUCCACAAGUUGAGGUAAAUAUUAAUAUAUAGAAUGUGCAGUGUCAUAAAUACAAAACAUCAACAUGGUAACAUACAUGACACUGAAAUAAUGCUAUAAACAUUUAUUUAUCAACAUAAGAUGUAACAAAAAUGUAAUGUACAUAAAUGAUAACAAAAAAACUUUCAAUGUCAAUGUAUUGUUUUUCAUUGUAAAAUAUAAGAUGACUUGUUCUCACUUCCAAAAACUGUAAAACAGUAUUUUACUGUAAAAUUACAUGAAAUGCAUGUUAGAUGUAUAAGUUUUUCACUGUAUACAGAAAGGAAACAUGCUGUUGACCAAUUAGCAGGUUUUUACCAUAGCAUUUUUACAGUCUUUUACUAAUAAAAAAAUGAUGAUAUUUUUUU